CGUUCGAGUCAUCUCGGUGCAGUGUUGAUCAUAUCGAAUGGAAGUGAGCCUGUAUGUUCUGUUAAUUUGUAAAUAAUUCUAAUGGCAAAAUUACAAUAUAGUCCGACUCCCACGGACGAAAAUGAAUUGCAUAAACCAGACCAGAGCCAGAAAGAGAUACCAGGUGAAUUUCCGGAAAUUGACAAGUUCGGCCCUUAUACCGUGACCAUCUUUUUCCUACUGAGCUUGCCGCUGAUACUUUCGGCUAGUCGCAGUAUGAGUUACGCUUUUACUACGGGAACAAUGAGUUACAGGUGUUCGGUGAAAGAAUGCGAAGAUCCCGCGAAUACGACUCUCCAUCCGUCCUGGUUAUCGAAUGCUGUUCCAUACACCAACGAUGAACCUGAAUUAUGCACGCGGUUCGUAGUGAAAAAUUCAACGGACUCGUGCGAGACGACGAAGUUCAGCACAGAAACUGAACAAUGCGAUGAAUGGAUAUACGAACCGCACGAAUCCAGCAUUCUUAAUGAAUUUAAUCUCACAUGCAGCAAUAAUCUGUGGAAGCUCACAUUGCCAGGGUCGAUAAAUAAUCUGGGACAAUUCAUCGGUAUGAUAUUUACCGGUUAUCUGUCAGAUAGAUUCGGUAGACGGAAUUUGUUGGCAGUGAGCACCGUGAUCAGUGCGAUUUUAGGGCUGAUUCGUUCAUUUUCGGUCAAUUAUGAAAUGUUUGUUAUAUUUGAGUUCUUAGAUGCGAUGGCAGGAUCAGGAGUCUGGGGCGCCAUGUUUGUUCUGGGUAUGGAGUUUGUAGGACCGGAAAAAAGAAUAGUGUUGGGUAAUCUGCCAGCAUGUCUGGCAGUGAUCUGGUAUAUCUUGCUGGGCGCAUUCGCGAUGUGGCUUCGAUCCUGGCGGAAUCUGCUCAGAGUUUUUUAUGCACCAGGAUUAUUAGCAAUAUUUAUACCUUACUUAGUUCCUGAGUCAGUGAGGUGGCUGCUCAGCCGCGGUAGGGUUGAAGAGGCAGAAGAAGUCCUACGUAAAAUUGCAUCCGGAAAUAGAAUUCCGAUAUCUGAAAAAUCGAUUCAACUCCUGAGGAGUGAGAAGAAGGAAAUUAUUCAUUCUCUGGACAGUAAGUCAAAGGCCUCUCGGAUUUCUGUGGCAAGAGAAAUCAUUCGCAACAAAACUCUUUUUAUUCGACUCGUGGUCUGUACGUUUUGCUGGUUGGCCAAUGUCUUUGUAUACUACGGACUUUGUUUGCGGUCGGUAGCGGUACCGGGUGACAAGUAUAUCAACUUUAUGUUGACAGCCACCGUUGAAUUACCAGCUCAGUUUCUCGUGUGGAUUCUUGCUGAUUUUGUGGGGCGUAAACCGACAUUGAGUGGCUCAUUUUUCUUGAGCGGUGUAUUUUGUAUACUCACAGUAUACGUGCCUGCAGGUACGUGGAAUUUGCCGCUGAUCAUUUUCCUGAGUGGAAAAUUCUGCAUCACAAUGUCCUAUAGGAUGGUCUACAUAUUUACCACGGAAAUGUUUCCCACUCCACUGCGGAACUCUCUUCUCAGCUUUUGUAGCAUGAUCGGUCGUAUCGGCUCUAUGAUUGCACCGCAAACGCCGUUGCUGGCGAGAAUCAUGCCGUCUUUACCACUACUGUCUUUUGGCGUCGUGGCCAUUAGUGCAAGUUUUUUGUCUUUGAUCCUUCCUGAAACUUUGGGGGUGAAGCUUCCAGACACCGUCUCUGAAGCGGCGAGAAUAGGAGAAGCCAAACAGCGGAAGUCAGGGACUCGAAUUGUUCGAAAUGUCGAUGAAAAGAUGUGAACAAAAAGACUGUUGCUCGGAAUCGAGAUAGACGCAAAGAAAAUCAUCUAGCACUACGAGUACCUGUUUUUGAUCUGACGACGACAUGUGAGCCGAAUUCUCAUCGGUAUUUUAUACUCCCAGUACAGAUAUUUAUUGUUUCAAAUGCAUAUUUUAUCGCGUAAAUAUGUCGAAUCAGAGUCUUGGUAAAAAUCCAGCCUUAGAAAUUUGGCAACAAAAAAACCAAUCGACUCUCCCUCGAUUUUUACUGAACAAAAUGUCUUAAUUACUCUUUUGUAUAAUGAACAUGCAGCGCCAAAAAGUGAAGAAUACAAACUAUGUUGACUAAA